UUUUUUUGUGAAAAUCAAUGGUGAAAAAAGAUACUCCGUACAGAGGAGAGUUGUAAAGGAUGAUGACAAAUGUUUCAUCCGUGUGCAAAUGAGUGCUGAAUGAAUACGUCACGAAAGCCGCCGCCGUUGUGGCGGUCUCUCUUCCUUCCCGCGUUUCGGCGAUUCCGCUAAGGCCGAAAAUUGUGAUUUUCAUGACUUUCCUUUGCUGUUGCUCUUUACCAAGUACUACGUAUAAUAUACGGUCAAAGUUUCCGUAACAAUUAUCACGAUCAUAAAACCUAAUCAAGUUCAAAUCGUUCAAAGAAAAUCGUCCAUCUUUGAGAAUUCACCGGCGCCAUGGAUUCUACUGUUUUCAGAAGCCUUUUGACCUCGUUGUUACUCUACGCCGACAAGCCCUUCACAUGCUUCUCCGACAAAUACAAGCCUCUUCGGCUCAUUCGCGGCUUCGUUGUUUCAGCUGUUCUCAUCUUCCUUCGCCUUUUGCCCUCGGUUUUCCCAAUUAAAAGCUUUAUCAGCGAAUUCCAAUCUAGAAAAGCAGGGAAUUCUCGUCACGCCGUCGUAGACGGCGGCGGACGCGAAGCUGCUAUUGCCAGAGCGCUCACGCAACUCUUAUCUAUUGUGACUGAUAUUCCGGCGAGUUCCAGAAAGUAUGAAGUCGUGAGAUCGUUGGCUGACAAGUUUAUAGAUGAAAAUAAUUCGUACAAGGACGAUGUGUUAAGGGGAGUUAAUCGCACUGUGUUGACGUCUGCAUUUCGCCGGACGCUCAAGCAGCUCGAGUCCGCCGUUAUAGAACGGAGUCGCCAGGUGGAUCAGGAGGAAGUCGGGACUCCAGACAUGGACGGCGGAGUCGCGGAAGACCACUACGGAGGGUUUCGCCGCGGCAUAAGAGCCGCUCGGUUCUAUUGGAAUUUAGUGUGUCGGCUUAGAAGCUCGAAGGAUUCUCUGAGCCGAUCGGAAGUAUCGGCUGAGAAGCUGGCAGCGGAAUUACUAUGGCUGGCUCAGAAAAUGACGGCUUGCGGCUGUGCGGAGGAGGCUCUUCGCAAUUGGUCUUCUGCUCAACAUCUGGCCUGGCUUUCUGUGUCCGCUGAGCCACGACUUCAAGGAGCGUUGAUCAGAGUCUCAGGUAAAUAGUGCAUUGGUCAAGUUGUGGAAUAUUUAAGAAGCUGUUUCUGGGUAAACUUCACUCAACUCUUUUGCAGGAAAACCCAAAUUAAUGUAGAAAACAACCUCUUACAGUCUUGCCAUUUGAAAAUGAAUGAAAUUAAAAAAAAAAACUCCCAGUUGUAUUGAGUUGCAAUCUAUUACUCCGUAUGUAUUAAGUUGCAAUCAACUUCACUCAAGUUGAUUUGCUGUUCUGUUUAAAAUAUGAUAGUCAUGCACUCUCUUUAUUUUCAAGUUUUGUAUGAAUAAAUUAUUUCCAACUCUUAGUUAGUGAUGCUGUUUCGCAAGCGUCACUAUAGAUAAUAAUUACUACGUAGUAAAAUGUAUGUGCCUUUUCACUUUGCAGCAUUCUUAUUGGAGCAAGCAAGAGAGACGUGGAAAAAGGCAGUUGAAGAAACCAUGAGACAUGAACUUAGACGAACAAACUUGAAUGUGCUGGUGUCCUGGCUGCCAUUGCUGUGUCGUGGAAGCAACGGGACAGACACCCCAGUCCUGAGCAUCGACAAAAGAGCAGAAGUAGAAAAAACACUGGAGGAGUUGAUAAAUACAUUGGAGGAACAAGAGCAGGAAAAAGUGUUGUCCCUUUGGCUCCACCACUUCACUCGUUGCUCAUCAUCCGACUGGCCAAACCUCCACCAUUCUUACACCCAUUGGUUCACAGCUUCUCGCACCUCCCUUUUGUGUUCCCUUAACUAAAAGAAACUGGUACUGCCGUACUGCUGAUAUAUAAUUGUGUUCUUCCUUUUCAAGCUGAGUUAAUGUUCACGAGCUAUAAAAAUCAUUACUCAUUUUGUAUUGGUUAUCAAGUUUUUUUUCUUCUUCUCAAUUUGGUUAUGCACUAUAUGAAAUUUGGACUCAUUUUAGUCAACAUUCACAUCUAGUUCUAAAUAACAAGGGUUCGCUGGUUC